AUGCAAUCUCGCGUUUUAUCUCGUGUACACCUGACUUCCGCUACAUGUUUAUUUCGCAACCCCACUUCUUCUUUCACUCAUCUUACUACAUAUCUGAUGGAGCAGACCGGAUCCGAUACCACAGAAUGUGACAAUCUGCUGACCCAAGCGUCCUCACUUUUCCAUUCCAAAGAUUUUGACAGAUGUGAAGAAGUUAUUAACAGUCUUCUGAAUUUGAAACCAAACCAUUCCAAGGCGUUGAUGAACAAAGCUCUGCUUGACUAUGUCAGUAAGCACCAUUACACACAUACAGACGAAUACAUGAAGGAAUUGAAACGCAUCGCAUCUGUCGAAGGUGUUCAACUAACUUCAGACCCUAGUUCGUGUACUCAGACUACUUGUGAACAGUCCGCAACGUCCGAACCGAAUGGGGGAGUUUCAGGUUCCCUCUCCACUGUUUCAAUCACAAUGGAUGGCCCAGAAUAUUCCAUUCCACAGUCUGCAUUAGCUCUCAGUCUGAAAUACAACUACGCUUUAGUGCUAUUUUAUCAACGGAAGUACGUGCAAGCAGAACACAUUCUGUCCACUUGUCUGGGCCUCCGAACUUGUGUCAAGUCAUCAGAGAAGGGGACUAGCGACGCUGUUGAGCAUUUGCCUCUCGCAAUCUCCGCUGACUUGCCAACAAUAAAUCUGACUCCAACAUCUGACUUACUUCUUUGCCGUCGGAUCUUGUUACUUUGGCUGGAGUCCUUGCUUCACCUACAACAGUCAGAACGCGUCUUUCGGUUAUGUGCUACAUGGUUAACCGUGCUGUCAUCCAUAACUCUUACGAACUCUCUGAACUCGAUCAAUUUAACUGCCCCUGAUCGUUCUUUUUCCUCGAUGGCACCACGCUAUGUGAAUUCUCAGGCGUGUACCAUGCUACAAGAAAUUCACAAACCUAUUCAGCUGUUCUACAUUCGAGCUUGCUUGUUGACUGGACGUUUACAUGCGGCUGAGGAUGAGUUGAAUCAUGUUACUGGUGAGCAAGACACACCAGAUUUGCACGGUCAAGAGGACAUUGACGUCUCCAACUGCGAUGAAAACGGCAAACGACUGGAUGAUGACCGAUCUCCGUCGGUUACGUGUGAUUCAGAGAAGCAUCAUCAGCUUCCUGUGGAUAGUUGGAGCACGGGACGUCUCGUUCAUUUUCUACAGGCCCAUUUAGCCUUUCUGAAAGGUAAUCACUCUGAGGCGCUUCGCCGCCUAUCCGAUAUACCUCCUCCAGUUCAAGGUUCGCCUGCGACCGAUCAGUGUGAGAGCGCGCUGUUGCGGAACAACUUGGGACUGGUGCUUCAUCGAGCCGGUCAAUACAAUUUGAGUGGUCUGCAACUCCGGCGUGCCCUACGUGAAGUGAACCAAACAUCUUACGACUUGUUGCCUCAACCUGUCAGUCACCAGUCUAAUGGCUUCCAUCACAAAGGCAGUUCUACCAAACACAUGUUAAAUGAAACGUCUUUGCUACACCAGUUAUUUACUUCACUAGAAGCGGCCGCGUUUAGUCCUCGAAGCUUUUCCACUUCUUUCGGCCCAGUUCGUCGUCAACACGCGGCCCCAUCUUGUGUUGAGCUGAACUACUUUCUUCUCUGA